AUGACUAUAGACAGAGCCGGUCGCCCGCCCGCGCCACGACGUUCAUCAACAUACAAAAGUUACGAUGAACUCGGUUUAGUAGACAGAGGGAAGACAUUGAAAUAUCGCCACGGCGGUAUAGAAGACUUGUCCAGUUUGGAAUCCCGUCAUAAGUCAUACACAAAUCGAGACAUGGAUGACAUAACUGUUAUAAGCUCGGAGGAAAUAACCAGACCGAAGCGAAAAACUAUUGAAGGUCUGGCAAAUGGAUUUCGAAGAACAUUUUCAGUGAGGAAUAGACGCGAGCCCGAAGGUAUUCCCAUGGAAACGUUUAGUAUAACCGGUGAGGAAAACUUUGCUACGGUCAGAGGAGCACCGUUCGGUAGACGCAGAUCAUUGUCGAGGGAUAGAGGGUCCUCUUUACUUGGAAGAAGUUCUUCUGAAGGUGAUGUUAGGAUUCCCUUGCCCCGCGCCCCAUCAGCCACCCACACUCCAAGACUGCAUCGCUGUCUCCGCGCUCUCGGAGGAAGCUGGAAGAACCUACUACUAUGUGAGUCUUCGCGUAGCUUCAGCUUUUAUCAUUCAUUAACUUAA